GUCGUGUAGUAGCAACCUUCCUGAUCUCUUUCUCUGUCCGGAGCCAUGUGCAAGCUUAAAAAUCCCUUUUUCUCUUCUCUCCUUCUUUUGCUUCUUUACCUUCCUGUCCUGGUCUCUGCAGACUGUGCUUGUGAAAACGAGCUGGGAGACAGUAGCAGUAACAAAACCAAGGCUUUGAAAUACAAACUUGUUGCAAUAUCAUCAAUCUUGAUCGCCAGUGCUCUGGGGGUUUCUCUCCCGAUAUUGGGCAAGAAAAUCCCAACUUUUCAACCCGAAAACAAUGUUUUCUUUCUGAUCAAAGCGUUUGCAGGUGGAGUGAUUCUCGCCACUGGCUUCGUUCACAUACUUCCUGAUGCGUACGAGUCCUUAUCUAGCCCUUGCAUUGGUGAAAAGCCCUGGGGGGUUUUCCCUUUCACGGGGUUUUUGGCUAUGGUUUCUGCCAUAGUGACGAUGAUGAUUGAUACAAUUGCGACUAGUUUCUAUAAGAGGUCGCAUUUCAACAAAGCUUUGCCGGUGAAUGGUGAUGAGGAGAUGCUAGGGGAGCAUGGGGGCCACGUUCAUGUUCACACGCAUGCCACUCAUGGGCAUGCUCAUGGAUCCGCCUUUGUAUCAGAGGAUUCUGGAUCAUCUGGUCUCAUAAUUAGGCAGCGUAUUAUAUCGCAGGUGUUAGAGGUGGGGAUUGUAGUUCAUUCAGUGAUAAUUGGGAUCGCUUUGGGUGCUUCCCAGACUGCAAAGACAAUCAAGCCUCUUGUAGCGGCAUUGACUUUCCAUCAAUUCUUCGAAGGCAUGGGACUCGGUGGCUGCAUCUCUCAGGCAAAAUUCAAGACCCGCGCCAUUGGAAUCAUGUUACUUUUCUUCUCCUUCACGACCCCAAUGGGAAUUGCGUUCGGCAUGGGCGUAUCGAAGAUUUACAAUGAGAAUAGCUCCAAAGCUCUGGUGGUGGAAGGAAUCUUCAACUCCCUUUCAGCUGGAAUCUUGAUUUACAUGUCUCUUGUUGACCAGCUGGCUGCAGAUUUCAUGAACCCCAGAAUGCAAAGCAGUAUAAAACUGCAGCUUGGAUGUAAUCUUUCGCUGCUUCUGGGGGCAGCAUGCAUGUCACUCUUAGCCAAAUGGUUCUGACUGCCUAAGCCAAGAAUAAAAUACAUUUUGUAACCAUCCUUACCCUUUUUGUACUAAACAUGGUAUCUGUUCUUCCUUGUCUGUUGCUUGAAAAAGUAGUCAACGUGAUAGCACAUCAAUGGAGGAACAAAUGCCUUAAUUUCAGUGUCGGGUCAUUGUGAGCCUGGGAGCCAUUUUUCAGUGCCAUGGCUUUUGAAAUAAACAAAGAGUCUUUUGGUUCUUCCUAA